UUCCUAGUUUGUCACUCGUUUGGUAAAAGAGCCAGCACUCAGCAGUACUCCUACGUACGUACGUAGUGCCUCGCAGAAACCCUGACCAAAAUGGCAUGGUGCUCCCGCGCCUGGCUCACGCUGUUUCUUCUUGCGUGUUGUGCCCUUGUGCAGAGGUCCUACGGCUCGAGACUGUCUCCCCGGGAGCCGAAGAAUCCCGGGGUCCUGUCUCCACCGAUGAUUCACGGCGCCGUCGAGACGGAACCACGCCGCCGCGAUGAUGGGGCGACCGAAGUCCGGCCGUCGACGGUGAAGGGUACGACUGGUCAUCAUGGAGCAGACGCUGACGGUGGUGGUGAGUCGUCGGAGCAGAGGAAGGGUUCAAGGCCGCCGGUGCUGCAGCAGGCGCUGGGAAGGAUGUUGGGUUCGAAGCUGGCGCGGCGGAUCCUGGGAGGGGAGGCGGAGGACUCGGCGGCCGGGCCGUCGUGCCACUCCAACAACGCGCACAUCACCUGUGCCCCGCCGGCGCAACACUGACCGGGCCGGGUGCUUCUUGCAGUAGUCCGGGAGCUAGCUAGUCCCAGCUGAUUCCUUCGUGCCUUGAUGCCUCCCUGUAAAUUAACAGUAGCUCUUUCGAUCUUGUUCUUCCAAAAAUGUGAACCUUUCGUUAUUGAUGAU